AUGAAUACAUUUGGUUUGAAUAUCAAUACAAUAUCAGAAGGAAUGUUUCAGAAAAUAUCUGGUGUUAAUGAUGGUGGCGGAAUAGAUGAAUUCGUAAUGAUAGAUGAAUUGGUAUUUGUAGAUGAUCAUCAUUUAUUUGAAGUUGACACAGAAGAAAUAGAUUUUACAAAUGAGGCAACCAUAAAGUUAGCAGAGAGUAAAGAAACAUUUGAAAUUAAUUAUAAUGAACAAAAUGGGGCAGAGUAUCCACUAAAAUUAACAGGACAUUUGGUUGAAGAUCGUCAUAAUAAUAAUACUUAUGAUCCAGAAGCCAUUAUAAAAUGUUUAAUGAUUUUUGAUGAGGAAACAAACACAUGGUCAUUAGAAAUUGUGAAAUCUAGUUAUCAUGUUAAUACAGGUGAAUUUGAUAAUUUUGAAACAUCUAAUUCAGCUUCAUCUGAUGAUAGUAGUAGUAAUGAUAGUUCAUCUGAAAAUGGUAAUGACAAGGAUGAUUCAGAUUCUGGGGAAUUGACAUUGAAUCCUGAAUUUGUUGAACUCGCAUCAAUGAUGAAAACUUCAUUGAGUCAAGAAAAUGGAAUCAAUAACUUAAAUCAUACUAGAAACCUUAGAUAA